AUGUCCAUUGUCGUCUCAAAAUUGAAGGUGGCACAGCUGAAGUCCGAGCUAGCUGCUCGUAAUCUACCCACCUCAGGACUGAAAGCCGUACUCUCUGAACGAUUACAACAAGCACUCGACCAAGAAGCUCAAGCGAAACAGGAGCAAGUUUCCUCCAUAAAAAAUACUCAGCCCACCCCUCCACCCUCUGAGAAGCGUGCCCGAUCUCCCUCUGAUCUUGAAGAGCUUGCUCGUCCAUCCAAAAUCGCUAACCGGUCUCCCCAUCCUUCACCCCCAAAGGACCAACCUCCUGUCGCCUACCAGCAAGCUCAUAAUUCAACUGUUGAAAAUACCGUGGACUCUCAAAUCGUCAACCUAGAAGAUCCGAGACAGACUAGUAUCAAUCUCAGCCCUCCCGGGGGUGGCGACAAACCGACCAGUACCAAUCCUCUACCAACAGCAAACGAUACUCCAACAUCUAACACUGGAACUAACCUAAGCACAACCAAUAAUGAUCAUCAACCAGUCCUCCCAUCCUCCAUGGAAACUGAAAAUCGUCUGGAGUCAACCAAGAGCCGCGAACCUACUGAAUCUUCACCAAAUCAACUUGCAACUUCUGAAAUUCAUACCACUAUCUCGAGCUCUCUCUUAGAAGACCAAUCAGAACCCCAAACGCUCGAUCAUUCCACUGUUGCUCCAGAAGACUCCUCUCCUGUUGCCCCUAACGCAUCAAUAUCUCGAGACUCACAAACGCAGAACAUCGAUCAAGACGUCCCGACCGACGAAAUCGAACCUGAAAUUGUUCCGUGCCCCGCCAAAGCCGAACCCGAAACGGGUCAGCCGCCUCUCAUAACUGAACCUGAAAGUGUUCCGAACUCUAUGCAAGUUGAGCUUGAAAACGUUCCGAGCCCCGCCAAAAUUCAACCCGAAAUGGUUCAGGAGCCCCCCAGAAUUGAACCUGAAAUUGUUGAGAACUCUAUGCAAACUGAACCCGAGAACCCCACGCAAAUUGAACUUCAACCCGAUCAGAAUCCUAUCCAAAUUGAACCUGAAAUCGUUCAGAAGCCUACCCAAAUUGAAUCUGAGAGUGUUCAAAAGUCAUCCCAAAUCAAACCUGAACAGGCCCAAAAGGAAGCCAUUGAAGACUUGCCUCCCCUUAGCGAUACUAAUCACGGUGAAAACGCCGAUCUUCUUACCCAUGCUCCAUCUCACAUCAUACCUGAAAAAGAUAUCAGUAACCAAAAGACUGCGGCAGAAUCCAAUACCCUACCCGCAGCCAAUGAACCUCAAGCCGAUGAACAUCCUGCAACUCCAUUGCCUGAUAAUAACACUCCUGACAACUCAGUAAGCCCUGCGAAACCUGUCACACAGCUAAAUGAUCACACAGAUGUGGGUGUCGCUUCUGCCCAAUCAUCAGCCGACGUAGAGGUCGCUAAGGCCGAUAGUGGUAAAAUCGAUCCACCGUUACAGCUGGCAUCGAGUACAGCCAAUGGAAUCAAAGAGGUUAAUCAGCCGGUCAACCUGUCACCCAGUCGUCUUGAAAGCAAACAGCAAUCAACUCUAGAUGACGGCGCCACUAACUCAGUAAACGACGUCCAGACACCCGCAAAACAGCCUACAAUUGGUCGGGAUCAGCCACCGUUAACUAGAUCUCUCUACAUCAGCAAUCUUGUCCGUCCUUUGACUGUCCCUCAGUUAAAGAAGAAGUUGUCCGAAUAUGGAGAGAUCACUUAUUUGUGGAUUGAUUCGGUCAAAAGCCACGCCUACGUGACUUUUGAAAACGAUGCAGCAGCCCUGGCGACCUACUCCUCGAUGCAUCAAACCGAACCCUGGCCUCCAGAGACCGGGAAGAUGCUGGUACUGGUUUUCGUUCCUGAUAACGAGGUAUCAAGGCUAGUAGCUGAAGAAGAAGAAGACACUAAAACCCGCAACAGAGGAAGGCUAGCAUUACACGUAGUCCGAGAAGAAAACGGAUGGAGGUUCGAGUUGAGACCGAUGAACAGCGGUGGGAAUGCCCAACAACCCAGAGGACUAGCCAGCUCAACCACUUUGUCCCAAGUCAACUUGGUUAGCUCUUCUCGGACGCUUGAUCCACCGCAUCCCAAAGAAUCUGCCCGCGCCAAGGCCGAAUCAAACUCGACCGAUCUUAAGACCAAUCAGACCCAACUACCCGAUCUUCAAUUCGAAAAACCACAAGAUAACCCGAAAGGUGGACCGGAAAAAUGGUUCAAGAAAACCCAGACUCGGCCUCAUUUGUUUUAUCUACCCUAUGCUCCUUGA